GGCGAAUAUAAAACGGGCAUAUCUCCUCCAGGGAAGCGAAGAAGAGGUUCAGGAUUUCUAGUCAAACUCGAAAGCUAUCGUCUCAGUUACAGUCUUCAAUCUAUCAAGCUCCCAUCGCUUAAGAGCCAAAACUUACCCACACUAUUGGAAACCACCAGCCAAAACUUGCUGCUACCAAGAGAAACUAUAGCCAUCAUGGACAAGACUGCAGCAAAACGCAUUGCCAGCAGGGGCAACGAUCCCGCUUUCGCCGAGAGAGCCAAGAGAGCUGCCGCCCGUAACGCUGGUAAAGACAUGAACCCUCCCGCUGGCCAGAGCUCCUCCUCCCAGGAGCCAAAAAAGGAUGAAGACAAGAAAUGAGCUGUGAUUUCGUAGACAGACACAAAGCCUGUCGGGUUGUUGCCAUUCCCAGCGCGAUUUUUGGGAUGUUGAGAUCAUUGAGGGUCUAAAGCCGCAUGUGUUCCUUUUGUCUUGCUUGCUUGGGCUCCGGCCACUUUACAGUCGUUACCAACCAAAUUAGAACCCAAAAUUGCUGCAGCACAUUCUUUUCAGGGGUAUAGGCUUCCGGCUCUCAGAUUGCCAGAGAGACUCGAAUGUGAAGGGUGUUCACCCAACCCAAUCGCACAUCUUCCGAUACUUCACCGUAAGGCGUGUGAGAGUCCAGGAGGCGGUUGAGGAAUAUUGGACCGAGGAGGUGUUUAAGCGCUUAAGACAAGGCAAAAGUGCGCCAAUGGGAACCAUGAUUCAAAAAAUAGGCAUCAACAACAUAGUAGCACAAAGAAGUAGUAGAUUGGCAAUCUUUGUCCAGUCCAGUCUUGCCGGAGAUACCUCCGAGAGAACACAGCAAGGAAGUCAUAAGCGCCGUUGUACAACCAGCAAUCGUACCCGAAAGGAGAAGGG